AAACACAAAAUGGACGAAGCCGAGUUUCGCGCGCAAAUCCGCGCUGCUCUUCAACAGCAGACCACUGAAGUGACGACCGCCGCGGGACCCACUGGAUCUGCUGGAUCUGCCGGCAAGUCUGGCACCAAGCUCGUGGCCAUGCUGCCGGGACUGGGUCUGAGCCAGCAGCAGCAGCAGACGAUGACGGAGGAGGAUCGGCGCGCGCUUCCGGCCGUGCUUGCCGAGCUCGAUUUCCACUACCCGCUCGUGUCGGAGGCCGAUCUGCAGCUGUUCCGACGCUUCUUGCUGCAGUACAAGCCACUCACGCCGUCUGCAUCGACUGGCAUCGCCGUUGGGAGCGGAUGGCUCACCGCACGCAUGGUCGCAGGGCUGGUCCAUGGAGCAACGCAUCGGGUCGCGUCCGGGUCCACGCACCAUGCCGGGAACACCUCGGAGGGUCUUCAGUUUGCCAAGAAGGUCACCGAAUCGGAGGGCUCUGGGAGUGCGCCGCCUGCGAGCCAACCGGCAGCCAGCAAUUCUGACAACUCUUCGCGCAGAUCGAGUUCGCCAACUCAGCCAACGCCGCUCAGUACUCAGUUUGCGCUGACCUGCCACGCCGUGCUGGUCAAGCUGAGCGCCAAACUCGUCGACGCACUAGCAUUGCGUUCUGAUGCAAUCGAGCAAACAUGCUCGACGCUGAAUGCCAACUUUGUCAACUUUGUUUCGCCAGCUCAUACAACAAUCGGGCAUGCCGAGUUUCUACCGCUGCUAAAGCAUGGCGGGCUUCACGAAAAUGCCCCAGGCUCGGAGGAUUCAGCAUUACAAGACGAUUUGCCGAGUGAUUCUGGUGAUGCAGCCUUGCAACAGCCCGAGUUUGUCGACAUUGAUGCCGCGGCAGAAGAUGACGACGACUUUGAGUGGGAGUCCAUGGACGAUUCACCCAACACCACCAGCACGCCGCUUUUCGGCGCUCUUUCCCAAGGUGCUGCAAGCCAUCAACAACCGUGGCAACACUGUCUUUCUUCAAUAAUGGGCCUGUUGGAUGCAAUUUCUCCGGCGUGUUUGGCUCCUGCUUUGCUGACUGGCCAGCUCUCGCUGUUCGACACAAUCCAACCGCUCCUGCAAAGCCUGGAGAUGAUUCGAGCACUUCCCUCACAGCCUUCUUCGAUUUCUUCACCUGCACCUUCCACGUCCGACACACCUAUUAUUGCCGUGAUGCAAUCUUCCCUAGCGCCGUUGCUCUCGAACGUGAUUCGCGAGCUGCUCUCAACGUACAUAACAUUUGCCUUGUCACUCGAUCCAGCCACCACGCAUUCCGCCGUACUCGAGCGUGUUGCAGACUUUAUUCAGAGUGCCGCCUACCUGUCUUCGGCUGUGGUCAAGCUCGUCUCCGCGGGCAACAUCACUCUCACAUCGGCGGCCGAAGCAGCCAACGAGCGCGUGCACCGCCUCGAACUCUGCGGCAGUUUGUGCGCAGCUCACACGGUCGGAAUCAGCUCGUUGCAACGAGAUUUGAGCCAUGCCUCGAAAAUGGCCACCGAAGCGAACGAAGGCGCCGAGCAGUCACAACAGCACGACGAGAAACAAGAGCAGCGCGCCGUCUUGCAAAAGCAGACGAAACAGCUGCGCCGAGCCAUUACCAACUCGCUGUUGAGUGGGUUGGACUGCGUGCUGCCCUCUUGCGCGGCGCAAUUCGAGCAUACGGUGAGCGUCCUGCAAAGUCCCACGCCAGCCACGCGCAACGAUCUUCAUGCAUUGAAUGACACGUUGACGAUCGUUCGAUUCCUCGUGGAUCACACGGAGCGCGGUGCCCCGUUUACGCAGCUCACCGCCCGUCUCCAAGCGACGUUUGCGUGGCGAAACCUCCUCCAAUUUGCAGCGCUCGCCCACUCUCAAGGCGACGCCUCCAACCCCGAUUGGCUGCUGUUGCGACCCUCCUGGCAGCACAGCCUCGACACAAUGAUGGCGCUGUGUGUGUCCCAGAGUCGUUCUCUGUGCGAAGAGGCGGUUGCCUUUGACGCGAUGGCGCCUGCCUUGUUUGCCAACCACACCGCGCGCGUGUUGGCCACGUUGUGGCACGCAGCACCCGAACAGAGCGAUGCCGACGCCCCGCAGCACGCCGGCCGCCUUGUUGCUGCCAUUCAAGUCGCCGGCAACGUUGCCAUUUGGCAUCUUGCAGUGUGGUGCGCCGCUCACAGAGCCGCGUCGGACGAGACUGCUUCUCUCGUUGCGAACACGCAAGUGCUGGGAUGGCUAACAGCCGGACUCGCGAACGCCGCUCGUCUGCCGCGCAAACUUCACGAUGCCUACUACCAAACAAUCGGGAGCUAUGCCGAGCAGGUGGCUGCUGCCGAGUUUGCCACAGAUUUGCUCUCUCGCUCGGCAGCACCGUGGCUCUACCAGGCGUUUGACCAGUUGAAUACAUCGCUACUGAAUGCCAUGCAGCAGCAACCCUCAGUCGCUGGACCUCCGGUGGUGGCGGGUAGCGGAAUGGCAGCGGAGGACGCCGAUGAAAAGCGACAGCAGGACGGAAACCAGACCAGGCGUGCGCGAGCGGCGGCCAUUCGUGCAGUCCAGGCGGUGUGCAAGGCUUCGAUGGCGACUGGAAGUGCGAAGGGUGACUAGACAAACACAUACUCGUGCAGUAUUUUCGCCGACAAAGCACACUUUGUUUUGUAACAGUGUAUUUUUAUCAAUAAAAAUUGGCCUCUGC